GGCUCGCAGGUUGGAGCGCGUUGGUGAGGCUCUCGGGGGCGAUGCUCCUGCUCUGGGCCCUGCUGGCCCUCGGAUGCCUGCAGUGUGGCUGGACUGUGAACCUGCAGCCCCAACUGGCCAGUGUGACCUUUGCCACCAACAACCCCACCCUCACCACCGUGGCCUUGGAGAAACCUCUGUGCAUGUUCGAUAGCUCAGAGCCACUCAGCGGCACUUACGAGGUUUACCUCUAUGCCAUGGUCGACUCAGCCAGCUCCAGGAAUGUGUCUGUUCAGGACAGCGCUGGGACUCCACUGAGUGCCACCUUCCGGCAAACCCAGGGUGGGCGGUCGGGCCCCUACAAAGCUGCGGCCUUUGACCUGACCCCUUGUGGUGACUUGCCCAGCCUGGACGCUGUUGGAGAUGUGAACCAAGCCUCAGAGAUCCUGAAUGCAUACCUAGUCAGGGUGGGCAACAACGGGACCUGUCUUUGGGACCCCAAUUUCCAGGGCCUCUGCAACCCACCCCUGUCAGCAGCUACUGAGUACAGGUUCAAAUAUGUCCUCGUCAACAUGUCCACAGGCUUGGUGCAGGACCAGACACUAUGGUCGGAUCCCAUCCGUACCAACCAGCCUACCCCCUACUCAGCCAUCGACACGUGGCCGGGCCGGCGGAGCGGUGGCAUGAUUGUCAUUACUUCCAUUCUGGGCUCCCUACCCUUCUUCCUGCUUGUGGGCUUCGCCGGAGCCAUCAUCCUCAGCUUUGUGGACAUGGGCAGCUCUGAUGGGGAAACAACACAUGACUCACAGAUCACCCAGGAGGCUGUCCCCAAGACCCUGGGGGCCUCUGAGCCUUCUUACACGUCUGUGAACCGGGGCCCACCCCUAGACAGAGCCGAAGUGUUCACCAGCAAGCUCCAGGACUGAGACAAGCCCCAGCCCCAGGUCGUGGUCUCCUCUCAGCCUGGUCUUGCGGUCUGCGGUCUGCGGUGAUGGUGUUGAUGCUGUGACUGGACCAAAGGCAAAGCAAGGCUUGUUGGUCUGACUUCAUGAAAAUGCUUAAUAAAAUUUUAAGUGACAGUGUCUGGAAUG